GUGAGCCGGCACAGAUGUCUGAUGAGAAGCCGCUUGUGUGUAACGGCUCAAAGAGCGAAGUGACAAACCAUAGGACACCUAAAACAGGUGCGGACCCUGUGUUUGUGGAGAACCUCAGGAGAAAGCUCAAAUAUUUCUUCAUGAGUCCCUGUCAGAAGUACAGAGCCAGAGGUCGAAAGCCAUGGAAGCUGAUGCUGCAAAUUCUUAAGAUUGUCAUUAUUACUGUUCAGUUAGUCUCUUUUGGAUUGAGCAAUGAGAUGAUGGUCACCUUCAAAGAGGAGAAUCUCAUCGCCUUUAAACAUCUCUUUCUAAAAAAUUACCAGAACAGUGAUCAAGACUAUGCUGUAUACACUAAACAUGAGGUCCAUGAUCAUAUCCAGUACAUUAUCACAAGGUAUCUCAACCUUCGAAACCUGACUGUUGGCAAUCAUGCGUUGGAGAAGAUCGAUGGCAUUGUUACGCCACUGUCUGUCUGUCAGAAGCUUUAUCGACAUGCUGAUAUUUCACCUUCCAAUGAAACAUUUGAUAUUGAUCCUCAUGUAGACACAGAGUGUAUUUAUGUUUACCCCAUAUCACCCUAUGAGAACGAUGGUUUGGCAAGUGACAUGAAUCUUACUUUAGACUUUCAACGACUAUUAGCGGUGAACAUCAUUCUCAAAAUAAAGGCUAUCAACCUUCAGACAGUCCGUCAACUUGAAUUACCCGACUGCUAUGACUUUGACAUUAAUAUCAUGUUUGACAAUCACGCACAUAGUGGGCAAAUCCCGAUAACUCUCAACACUGAUGUGCAGAUCAAAGUUUGUAAAGACUGGAAUGUUUCUGGCUCAACAUACAGUCACUUCCUGCUGAUAAUUGUGUUUGACUGUGUGGUCGCCUGUGCCUGUUUGUUCUCACUCAUUCUCUGCAUGCGCUCUGUCUGCGCGGGUAUUUUCUUACAGUUUGAAUAUUCCACAUAUGUGUCCAGUCAACACAGUAAAAAAGUGUCCUGGUCUGAGAGAAUGGAGUUUAUUAAUGGCUGGUACAUUCUCAUCAUUAUCAGUGACACACUGACCAUUGCCGGUUCAAUUCUCAAAAUAUGCAUUCAGAGCAAGGAACUGACAAGCUAUGACGAGUGCAGUAUUUUACUGGGCACUGCAACAAUGAUGGUCUGGAUCGGAGUCAUGCGCUACCUGAGUUUCUUUCAGAAAUAUUACAUCCUCAUCCUAACCCUGCGGGCCGCUCUUCCCAACGUUAUCCGAUUCUCUUUCUGUGCUGUUAUGAUCUAUCUCAGCUACUGCUUCUGCGGAUGGAUCGUACUUGGGCCACAUCAUGAAAACUUUCGGACAUUUAAUAUGGCAGCCGACUGCUUGUUCUCUAUGAUAAACGGGGAUGAGAUUUACGCCACCUUCACUAAACUCCGUGACAAGAACUACCUAGUGUGGGUGUUCAGUGGAAUAUAUGUCUACACCUUCAUCCCACUCUUCACUUACAUGGUGCUGAGCCUCUUCAUCGCCCUCAUCACAGACACAUAUGAGACUAUUAAGCAUUAUCAGAGGGAUGGAGUAGCACUUUCAGAGCUGCAAGCUUUCAUAUCUGAGUGUAAAGAUCCACCUGACUCAGGCAAAUAUAUGAUGGAUGAAGAACCUUCCAGCAUUUGCUGCUUUUGUGCUGGUUGUAGCUGACAUUUUGAGCAAUAACGUUUUUUUAUGCUCAAUAAUACUACUACUCAAGAGCAUGAAAAAUGUGAACAUUAGGAUUUUAUUUCUUCAGGAUUUUUAUAAAUCAAUCAAACAAACAAAAACACUCCUACUUGUAAUUUAAAGGUUUGCACCAAUACUGUUUACCUUGGCUCCGAUUUACUUUAUCAUUGACUUGUAUUUUGUUGUUUCAAACAUCAUGAAACACAAAGAUAGGUUUUCAGGAGACUGUACUGACCUCUUCAUGCAGUUAUUCAUUCGUAUGAGACUGCGUGCUGUACAGCCAUAUAGUUUUCUAAAGCCAUGCUUUAGCGAUAACUUUUUGCACAUACAUGAAAAGUUAUAAGAUAUCAGAUUCAUAAAGGAAACAAGAGUCAGGUCUCUUCAAUGAAGACAUGUGGACAACAUGUCUUUGCUUUGCUUUAGAUGCCAUUCAUUGUAAUUGCAUGGAAGAACAAACAACGAGCAAUUUUGUUUUUAAGUUGAUGACAGAAUUUCUUAUUUUUUUUGUGUGAACCAUUCCUUUAACAUGAUUUGUGCACUUUAUCGUGGAUGUUCAGCAUAAAGCACAGCUUCAUAUUUUAUGUUUGAAACGAAGGAGCCUUCUUGUUUGUACUGUUUACUGUAGGUUCUGUGUCCAGCUUGCUGUUGAACGAGCAUGGACUGUAUGCAGUUUGUUGUUUACUUGUGUUAUUUGAAUUAUUGACAUACAAUGCAUGCAAUGACAUAGACAUGUAAUGCACUACAACCAGUCAAUAUAAAUAUGGAUAUUUAUAUAUAUAUAUAUAUA